AUGGAGCAGCAGCCCCGGGGCUUUGUGGCAGUGGCAGCCCUGCUGCUGCUGCUGCUGCUGGGCGCCCCGGGCCAGGGCAGCCCGCCCGGCCCCGGCUGUGACUGCGCCCACGGCGCUCAGAAGAGGAACGGUCUGCUCUGCUGCGGGGGCUGCCCGGCAGGGCAAUACCUAGCAGCCCGCUGCAUGGAGCCUUGUGGCAACGUCACCUGCCUUCCGUGCCCCCCGGGCACCUUCCUGGCCAGGGAGAACCACCAUGAGACCAGCUGCACGCGCUGCCAGACCUGUGAUGAGCAAUUCUCCCAGGUGGCUCUGAAGAACUGCUCGGCGGUGGCGGACACCCGCUGCGGCUGCAGGCCGGGCUGGCUCAUGGAGUGCUUGUUCUCCCACUGCAUCGGCAACUUGCUCUUCCAGUGCUCCAAGUGCAGAGACUGCGGGGCCCUGCACCGCCACACGAGGGUGCCCUGUUCCAGGACAAAAUGCGGGACCUGUCUGCCUGGCUUCUACGAAUAUGGCAACAGCUGUGUGUCCUGCCCCACCCCCCGCCCCCGCCCCGCAGGAGCGCCCCCUGGAGCUGUCCUGAGCCCUGUGUGGCCGUCUGCGGCUGGAGGCAGAGUAGGUGUGUCCUGGGUCCAGGUGCUCCUGGGAGGCCUGCUGGUCCCACUCCUGCUCGGUGCCACCCUGGCCUACACCUACCACCGCUGCCAGCCCUGCAAGUCGAUGGUGCCCGCAGAUGGAGCUGGGGUGGAGGCCCUGGACCCCCUGCAGGCCACCGACCUCUCACCCCCAGACAGAGCCCACGCCCUUCUGGCGCCACUCAGCGGCAGCGAGAAGGUCUGCGCCCUCCAGUUGGAAGGCAACAGCUGGACCUCUGGCGCCCUCCAGAUCCAGGAAGCGCCCUUCCCGGAGCUGCCGUGGUCCUGGGACCAGCGGCCCGGCAGAGCUUUUGGCUCUCAGCCGUUGCCACCGCCGCACGCCUCGACAGCGCCCCCUGCAGGCUCGGCGGACCCCACGCUCCAGCUGGGUCCGCAGCUUUACGACGUAAUGGACGCGGUGCCCGCCAGGCGCUGGAAAGAGUUCGUGCGCACGCUGGGGCUGCGCGAAGCCGAGAUUGAGGCCGUGGAGGUAGAGGUUGGCCGGUUCCGUGACCAGCAGUACGAGAUGCUCAAGCGCUGGCGCCAGCAGCAGCCCGCAGGCUUGGGUGCCAUCUACGCUGCUCUGGAGCGCAUGGGGCUGGAUGGCUGCGCUGAGGACUUGCGCAGCCGCCUGCAGCGCAGCCCGUGA